GUUCUGCCGGAGACGUCCGUCUGGCCUCCAUGUGAAAGGAAAGUCGGAAGCCACAUCUCCGCGUGUUGCUCUCAGGAUGCCGACUCGUGGGUCAGGCCCGAAGAGGGACGUUCUGGUCUAGGUGGCUGCCUGCCCACAGACACAGAUGCCUGUCCUCGAUGUCCGGCAUCUCUCCUCUUUCCUGGAGUGACAGUCUCCUCUGGACACCACCAGAAGGCCAUCUGCAGAAAAUGCCUCGCACGCUAAGGAUGUCAGCGACCUGACUUCAUGCGCCCCGUCUGCGCCGCUGUCGUGGGCGGCCUACCAUCCGAGAGCUCCGCGGCCCCGUCUCCAGGCCCCGCCCCCGUCUCUGAGAUGUCUCUGCUCCGCGCGCUGGGCCCAGUGCAGACCUGGCUGGGGCAGGAGCUAGAGAAAUGCGGCAUCGACGCCAUGAUCUACACUCGGUAUGUCCUCAGCCUCCUGCUGCACGACACCUAUGACUACGACCUGCAGGAACAGGAGAAUGACAUCUUCCUGGGCUGGGAAAAAGGAGCUUGUAAGAAAUGGGGAAAGAGUAAGAAAAAGUGCUCAGACCUAACACUAGAAGAAAUGAAAAAGCAGGCCGCUGUCCAGUGUCUCCGCUCCGCUUCUGAUGAAAGCUCUGGUAUCGAGACUUUGGUGGAGGAGCUCUGCUCCAGACUGAAGGACCUUCAGAGCAAGCAAGAAGAGAAGAUUCACAAAAAGUUAGAGGGGUCUCCCUCUCCAGAGGCAGAAUUACCCCCAACAGCAAAGGAUCAAGUGGAAAUGUACUACGAAGCCUUCCCCCCGCUGUCCGAGAAGCCGGUCUGCCUGCAGGAGAUCAUGACCGUGUGGAACAAGUCCAAAGUCUGCUCUUACUCCAGCUCCUCCUCGUCGUCCACGGCCCCGCCGGCCAGCACAGACACACCUUCCCCCAAAGACUGCAACAGCGAAGGCGAGGCCGGCCAGGAGAGGAGCGGCAACGUGCACGGCCGUGCCCAGGGCAAGGGCAGGGGCGACAAGGAGGGCCAGCUCGCUCCCGGCGCCGCGGACGAGAAGCCCGCCUUGUACAAAAAGCAGGUCCGACACAAGCCCGAGGGGAGGACUCGCCCUCGCUCCUGGUCGUCCGGCUCGAGCGAGGCGGGCUCAAGUUCAAGCGGUCCUCAGGGAGAUUUCAAGGCCUCUGUGAAGUGCGUAAAAGUUCGACACAAGACGCGGGAAGUCCGGAACAAGAAAGGGCGGAACGGGCCGAGCAGGCUGUCGCAGAAGCCCGGCGACAAGGCUGAGCGGGCCGUCCACGCCGCCGGCGGCAGCAGCAGCAGCGGGGGCGGUGGGGGCCCCGUCAAGCCGCUGUGCCGGCGCGGGAAGAGGCCCCUGAAGGACCCGGGGCGGAGGGACCCCGCGGGCGCCGAAGGAAGAGACCUGUCCCUGGAGAGCAGAAACGACAGAGAGUACAAGGAGGAGCCGCUGUGGUACACCGAGCCCAUUGCCGAGUACUUCGUCCCUCUGAGCAGGAAGAGCAAGCUGGAGACCACGUACCGGCACAGGCCCGAGGCCGGCGAGCUGCCGGCGGAGGCGGUGGACGCGCUGUCGGAGUCCAUGCGCGGCCUGUGUCUCGGCGGCAGCGGCGGGCAUAAGACGUACCUGGCGGCGGGCACUUUCAUCGAUGGUCACUUCGUGGAGAUGCCUGCGGUCAUCGAUGAAGAUGUCGGCCUCGCUGGGAGCCCGCUCUGUCCUCUCCCAGAGGACCCCAAGUACCUGGAUGGCAUUCAUCUGUCCGAAUUAACACACUUCUAUGAAGUGGACAUUGAUCAAUCCAUGUUGGAUCCUGGUGCCUCGGAAGCCACGCGAGGAGAAAGUCGGAUUUUGAACAUGAUUCGACAGAAGAGCAAAGAGAAGACGGAUUUUGAGGCAGAAUGUUGCAUAGUGUUAGACGGGAUGGAAUUGGAGGGGGAACGUGCAAUAUGGACAGACUCCACCAGCUCCGUGGGCGCCGAGGGCCUCUUUCUGCAGGACCUUGGCAACCUGGCUCAGUUCUGGGAGUGCUGCUCGUGCAGCUCUGGCGACGCCGACGGGGAGAGCUUCGGGGGGGACUCCCCGGUCAGGCUCUCCCCGCUCCCGGACAGCACGGCGCUCAAUCCCCACUUGCUUGCUGGCCAUCAGGAGCUCUUUUCAGAUAUUAAUGAAGGAUCUGGUAUAAACUCUUGUUUUUCAGUGUUUGAAGUGCAAUGCAGUAACUCUGUUUUACCAUUUUCUUUUGAAACACUCAACUUGGGAAACGAACACACGGAUUCUAGUGCUAAUCUGCUUGGGAAAACACAGUCUAGAUUGCUAAUAUGGACCAAAAAUAGUGCCUUUGAAGAAAAUGAACACUGUUCCAAUCUCUCAACCAGAACUUGUAGCCCAUGGUCCCAUUCGGAAGAGACGCGUUCGGACAACGAGACGUUGAAUAUUCAGUUUGAGGAGGCCACACAGUUUAACGCGGAAGACAUGAAUUAUGUAGUUCCUAGAGUCUCAUCCAAUUACGUAGAUGAAGAACUUCUAGAUUUUUUGCAAGAUGAAACCGGCCAGCAAAACAGUAGAACGUUAGAACUCCCUACCUUAGUUUUCAAAACAAAAUCCAAGCUAGAAUCUGUCUGUGGUAUUCAGCUAGAGCAAAAAAUGGAACCCGCAACCCUGGAAACGGCGCGCGCGUGCGGUGAGAGCGACCCCCGCGGUGGCGGCAGCUAUGGCUCAGGGGUCAUCAAGGACAUUUGGAUGAAGAUGGCAGACAGGGGCUCCGUAGCCACGGGGGACGCGGAGUGCAUGGACGAGGAGCUGUUUCCGACGGAUGUCAACAACUACUGCUGCUGCCUGGACGCCGAGGCUGAGGCCGAGGCCCUCCAGGAGCCCCGCAAGGCCGUGCAGAGGUCGGAGUACCGGCUGUGGGAGGGCCAGCGGGAGAGCCCUGAGAAGAGGGCUUUCGUCUCUGGGGAGCCGUCGAAGGGGGACGGCGGCGGCGACUACACGACGCCCUCGAAGCCGUGGGACGGGGCCCAGGACAGGGAGAGCACGUUCAUUCUGGGCGGGGUGUACGGCGAGCUCAAGACCUUCAGCAGCGACGGGGAGUGGGCGGUCGUCCCGCCCGGCCACCCCAAGGGAAGCCUGCUCCAGUGCGCGGCCUCCGACGUGGUGACCAUCGCGGGGACGGAUGUCUUCAUGACCCCGGGGAACAGCUUUGCUCCUGGCCACAGGCAGCUGUGGAAGCCCUUCGUGUCGCUGGACCAGAGCGACCCGCCGAGGAGCGGGGAGAACGGAGUCAAUAAGGGGUUUUCUUUCAUCUUCCAUGAAGACUUACUAGGAGCUUGCGGCAACUUUCAGGUUGAGGAUCCCGGGCUCGAAUAUUCCUUCUCUUCCUUUGACUUGAGCAAUCCGCUGUCCCAAGUUCUUCACGUCGAGUGCUCAUUCGAACCCGAAGGGAUUGCGUCUUUCAGCCCUAGUUUUAAACCCAAAUCCAUCCUCUGCUCCGAUUCCGAGAGUGAAGUUUUCCACCCCAGGAUAUGCGGCGUCGACAGAACACAGUACAGGGCUAUUCGGAUCUCUCCGAGGACUCACUUCCGCCCCAUCUCUGCGUCGGAGCUGUCCCCAGCGGGGGGAAGCGAGUCGGAGUUUGAGUCUGAGAAAGAUGAAGCCAGCAUUCCCGUUGCUUCUCAAGCUGAUGCGUUCGAAGACCCACAGGCAGAUCUCCGGCCGCUGGAAGAAGACGCAGAGAAGGAAGGCCAUUACUACGGGAAAUCGGAGCUCGAGUCUGGAAAGUUCCUCCCCAGGCUAAAGAAGUCCGGCAUGGAAAAGAGCGCCCAGACCUCCCUGGACUCCCAGGAGGAGGCCGCUGGGAUCCUGCCGGUGGGCGAGCAGAACCCGUGUGCGGAGUGCGGCAGGGGCGAGUCUCCGCAGAUCGCUUUGGAGAGCCCGGCGGCGAGCUGUAAAAUCAUGGCGCAGUGCGAGGAAGAAGUUAAUAAUUUCUGCAGUUGCAAAGCAGGUUGCCAGUUCCCUGCUUACGAAGAAAACCCAGUGUCUUCGGGACAGCUGGAAGAGUUUCCUGUAUUGAAUACCGAUGUUCAAGGGAUGAAUAGAAGUCAAGAAAAACAGACUUGGUGGGAAAAAGCUUUGUACUCUCCCCUUUUUCCUGCGUCGGAGUGUGAAGAAUGUUAUACAAAUGCCAAGGGAGAGAGUGGUAUAGAAGAGUGCCCAGAUGGCAAAGACACACCCAGUAACGAAGAGCAUCUGUUAGAUUUUAAUAGGGUGUCUUCUGUUUAUGAAGCAAGGUGUGCAGGGGAGAGAGACGCCGGAGCGCAGCCCGACGGCGUCCGCAGAAAGACCUCCUCCAGCGCCGGCUCCGACGGCUCCGGCUCCGGCUCCGGCUCCGGCUCCGACGGCGGGGGCGCGUGGGCGGGCCCCAGCGAAGAGGAGCUGUUUUCUCGAACUCAUCUCUAAGCCUGCCGCGUAGUGCAAAUUCAUUUUUGAAAACGAUCUGUGAUGGCAAAUUACCCUUUUGUGAGGCCUGUUAAUCUAAACUUAGGGUUCUUCUUCAAUUAACUGAUGCAGAUCAGCAAUUCUCUUUCUCUUCUUGCUUAUUUUAGAGUUGAGGACAGCUAUCCUGUUGAAAAUUUUUUUUCCAAGCUGUUACAUUCUUGGCUAUUUGAAAUAGACUAGAUUGUGUUGUCAAAUCAAGGGUGGGUGUGCAUGUGCUUGUCAGAAGCAUCACUGCUUUCCGCAUCUCGCCCGUGGCCGCCGUCCUCCGCUGCGGCGCGGCCCGUGUACCGUUAGCACCGCGGCGUCCGCAGCCGCUUCCGCUCUCCAGAGACUCCGGCUUUGGGACCUCUAGGCUUUGUUCUCUAAGAACUGGGACGGAAGUCCCUGCCCCUGCGACGGAUCGGGGCCUUUGCGAAGGCCGAGGGAAGCAUGGAUGACUCAUCCACGGUCUUCAUUCAGUCAGAUCUCAUGUCCAUUCGAAGUAGGAGCCGCAAGGGUGCGCUUUUAGAGACCCGCACGCGACCGUGUUCUCUGUCUUAGGACCCUCCCCCUCGAGGGUCACGGAAGAUCCUGUGCUGUGUGAUGUGCUUGCUAACUGGAGGAGCCAAGGCUUUGGGGUGCGGGGAGGGCUUGUGAGGCCAAGUGGGGGGAGAGUGCGCCCCCAGCCUGUCCUUACGUUGCCGUUACAUUUAUGCCAAAACACCCCUCUGGGUUAUUUGUGGUUUGGAUCUUAGUUGCAAAUUCUGAUUUUUCUGGUGACCUCCAUUGAAUCGAAGCCUCCAGAACUCGAAAUGGUAAAUGUUUGACGUGCAGUAAAGGCCCGCCUUGUCACCCCGGAGAGACCUGGGCUGCUGCAGCUAGCUCCUGUUGUGGCUGUGACUUAGUGGAGCCUAGGUCUCAUUUUGUGUUUGAGAGAAUGUUCUGGGCAAGGUCUGUGUGGUGUGGUCAGGGGCGGGGAGAGUGACCGUUGCUCCCAGGCCCGCACGAUCGCUCUGGGGGACUCGCGUUCCGCUCCUGCGGGGACCCAGCGGUCAGUCCAUGUCAUCCUAGCCCCGUCCACUCAUGACGGCCACUUCCUCGCGCUUUCACGCCGCCAGGCACAGGUACAGCUGGCGGGGGCGAUGUGUGUGAGACCACGUUGUUUUUCUUUUCAAACGAACUCAUUUUUCAAAAACCAAACCAACAACAAAGCAGAACCCCCUACUCCGUAGACUCUGGUUGGCACGUCUGUACUGUCAGGAAGGGACCGCCUCGCCGCUGCUCUCAGCGGGAGGUCAGGGGUGCUCGAGCCCGGGCGGGGUGGCCCUUCUUGUCCUGGCUGACCCAGGCGGUCCCCGGUGCGCGGGUCCCCGCUGCGAGAGGCCUGCCGGGCGGUCGGCUUGGAUCUCCCCACGCGGCGGGGUCUGUUCUUAUCCAGCACAUCUUUUGACACUUUAAAGUGUGUGUGUGUGCGUGUGUGUGUGCGGGUGCGCGCGCGUGUGUAAGGUUUACGUUGCUGUUAUUUAUUUUACAGACUUUAUAAGGUUUUAUGUAUUUUUCUUUCUUCCGGAGCUUCCUAAAAAGUGAUUAGCAUCUGCACUGAAAUGCAAUUUAACAGCAAAGGCAAAAAAGAAUUGGAAGUUGUAAAUUCCUAAAAUCACUACGGUGACGAUCAGUCUAGGAAUCGUUGCUUACUGUAGCAGAGACCAAAUAAAUCUAUUUCCGACACAACCUUUAGCUCAGUUGAUUUUGGACAGCUGCUUUGUGUCAAGACAGGGCUCCGGGCGGUGACGGUGCCGACUUCCCCGCGCCGGCAGGAGGGCCCCGGGCCUUCAUCGGGCAUGGGGAUGGGUUCUAAAUGGGCAGGGGACACACAGGGGACGUGUUUAUGUGUUCUCGUGGCUCAGGGGCUGGAGCCCGGAGGCUUUCAGCAGCCGAGUCGAACGUGUGGUUUUUAGUUUUGUGAAUGGACGAUCACAAAGAAAAAGUGUCUCUUAAAAAGUUGGCGAAACGCUGAAGCGCACUGUGGCGAGGCACCUCGCGCACCCGGAGCGCCCGUUCCCCGUUCCCGGGCAGGGAGCGCGGCCCGUGUCGCGCUGUUCCGACCCCACGUGCGCCAGAGUAACUGGGUUUUUGUUUUCUUGUGGAGUUAACACCAAAUAAAAAUCUGAAAAGCUG